ACGUGCUUCUCCGCCAUGACACUCGCCCUUGAAAGUUGACGGGUGCAUAGAUGUGUGUGUGAGACUGUGUGAGAGUGUGUGAGUGGGUCAGAAAAAUGUCUGUAUCCAGGACUGGAGGAGGAAAAACUCUGGAUAUAGUGAAGAGUUUACCGCGGAUAACACUAGCCAAUCUUAGACCCAAUCCUGGAGCGAGGAAGAAUGAGAAGCGCCGGGGUCGUGGUAUGCAUGGUGGGAAUAAGAGUGGACGAGGACACAAAGGUGAACGACAGCGUGGGAACCGUCCACGUCUGGGCUUUGAAGGGGGACAGACCCCAUUUUACCUGAUCAUUCCUAAAUAUGGCUACAAUGAGGGACACAGCCUGCGGCAACAGUACCCUCCACUGUCUCUGCGGAGGUUGCAGUAUUUGAUAGAUUUAGGCCGGAUAGACCCGUCUCAGCCUAUAGACCUCACCCAGCUGGUUAAUAGUAGAGGGAUCACAAUCCAGCCUCUCAAACGAGACUACGGUGUUCAGCUUGUAGAUGAGGGAGCUGACAUAUUCAGUGCUAAGGUGAAUCUGGAAGUACAAAGAGCAUCUGAAGGAGCCAUUGCUGCCGUGGAACGCAAUGGUGGAGUAAUCACAACCAGCUACUACGAUCAGCGCAGCUUACAAAUCCUGAUUAAGCCAGUGCCGUUCUUUAUGGCUGGCCAGCCUAUUCCCAAGCGCAUGUUACCUGGUGAAGUCCUUCUUCCAUACUACAUGGAUGCAAACAACCGAGGAUACCUCGCUGAUCCAGAGAAGAUCCAGGCUGCCCGGCUCGCGCUCGCAAAGAAAUACGGUUACACAUUACCAGACGCUUCUGUGGAAACAACAUGUAAAAUGUUAGCAGAGCGGAAAGAUCCCCGACAGAUCUUUUUCGGUUUGUCACCAGGCUGGGUAGUGCACAUGCCUGAAAAGAAGAUUCUUAAACCCACUGACGAGGACUUGUUGCAGUACUAUAGUUCUUAACUCUGAAGCCUGAAGAUGAACAGUCAGUGUCGCUUAAAGUGACAAAAGUCCAGACCUAUUCCUUUGACUCAUCUUUUGAAUAUGUAAAUAUGUAUUAUUGUUUACAUUCAUUAAUAAUAAAUUGUUACCAUGUGA